AUGGCAUUCCGCGUCCCAACCCAGGCUCCACGCCGCCUGGCAUCAUAUUCGACUUCGUUGCAAGCACCCGCCCUUGAGGACCGCCCCGCUGCAUCCCAGCAACAAGAGGACGACGCCAGAGAAUGGGUGCUCUUCUCGCCGUCUCAGGCCCCCUCGACAACCCACACCUACACAAACUCCACGGAGCGGACCCCGCGGACAGCUGGCCUGUCCCGCUUGAGUGACUUUGGAUCACUGGGGACGGCAACUGCUUCGAACGUGGACGAUGAAGAUGAUCUCCUCGAGGACGAGGGCACAGAGCUGGACAGCCUGGACGACGGGCUCCAUGCCUUCCGGGAACCCGCACUGCCCGAACUCCCUUCUGGGGGGGUAGACCAGACCCAUACUGCAGUUCUACCAACGCACGAUGGCCUGGGGACUUUUCAGGCGUCCAGUGAAACGGUUCAAGACCACCUGUGGCAGUAUGAGUCCUUCAAUCCGCGUCGUAGGCCGGAAUUGUUAUCCAGACGGAGAUCAAGUGUACAAAGACAACUGGACACGGUGAACGAACUCGAUGACGUCGACCCGGAUCGGGAACGAUGGCAACGGAUAGAAAACUGGCGCAUGGAACAGAGCAGGGCUUUGUUGCAGGAGGUUGAGCGGGAGACCAGGAGACGGCGAAACAGCCGCGCCAAUCUGCAUAGCGAAAGGGGCCAUUCUCGCCGGUCAAGCACGAUGAGUGGAAUCCCAGAAGCACGAGUAAUGAGUGAGACACGCUCCGCCACAGAUCAACCUACAUCUCACGAGCGAAAUGCGGCCCCUGAAGAGUCUUUCUGGCGCCGCAUUACGAGGAAGGUCAUUAGGGACCUGAUAGGAAUCGAUGACCCGCUACUCUCCGCCAUAUUGGGAGAGCCAAUCCCGGAAACUGAGCAACAAUCCCACCAAGAGAAACACGAAGAGAAGGCCGAUUGGACCCCACAAACCCAGACUCGCUUUGAGAUGGAUCGAAUAAUGCUGGAGGCAGGCUCCGGGUCGGACAGCAUGGCGUCGUGGCAAGAAAAGCUCUUGAACCGUAUCUCUCACGAACUAGGCAUCCUUGUUCACCAGAUUUACGAACAUCCUGGUGCUUUCAGCACGUAUCUGCGACCUUCGGAGGAUAUGUCAAACCAAUAUGCUGGAAUGCCAGUCAAUUCACCUGCAGAUCGCUCGUCAAGCAUACGGCCGCGGGCCGGCCCCAGGACAACAUCGGAGGAUAGCACCAACUUUGUUUCUUCCACUUACUCGCCGCAUUUCUCUCCGACUCUUCCAGAUGCCACCGGGGACGCACACGCUGCGUUAUGGGGUAUCGAGGAAGAGAACCCCAGCGAUACGGCGAAGACACCUGCGGCCAGCUCAGAAGAGCCCUUGUCGGAAUCGGCGCGCCUGCAGCGUGAGCAUGAAUACUGGGAGCGAGAGCUUGAUGUCAUGAUGGUUUUCCGCUAUAUUCGCAACCGCUUUGGCCGCGGCAAUAACAACACCAACAACAACAACGUUAAUUCGUCCUCGAGGCGUCGUGCAAACUCAAGCUUGUACAGCGCUCAGGAUCCAUCCCACCGUGCUGCCAUCAUCCGCCAGCAUCAUCCGCUGGUCGCUCGUGCACAUGCGCGGUCUCAGACGCAAUUCCAACGCCAACUCCAUCUCCAUACACAGUCAAGUUCCGGACUCGCUGCUGGACCUGCCGGUACCGCCUCCCCAAUCCUGCAACACCGCUUCCGUCGACCAAGUUCCAGCUGUGCCAGUCAGAGCACCAAAGUCUCAACGAAACGAAACCUAGCUGGUCUGGGAAGUGGCUCUAGCCGGAAUUACUGGGACAUUGGAGGAAGCGUCGGAAGCGGCAGUGCAGUAUUAUCGACAGCCGGCAUUGGCGCCUGGGGUGAAGUCUGA